UUGACCUGAAGUUGACCAAUUGUUGGUACAAAACACCCUUUAUUUGAUAUUCAAACACAAUUGUGGUGAAAUGAUAGAAUUUCGAUUAGAAGAAAAGGGUAUUAUAAAAACCAACAAACAUUUAGCAUGUAACGACUUAAUGGAAAAAUUAAUUUCAAACAUAAACUAUCCUGCUUCGUUUUCGCGAUACUUAGCAGAUAUAAUACCCACGUACCAUCAGUAUCGAUGCUUAAUUCGCGGAACCAAUUACUUGGUAAAUAUUUGGUUUGGCUGUCUCCAUGUUUUGGUACCUAAGUUCAAGUCUUAUAUAAAUAGCAAAUCUCGAAUUGGUCAGUUUGCAAAAUGGAUCAAUCGGAGUUACUGUUACUCAACUUAAGGCUUGAGGCGGUAGUGAAUCAAUUGUUCGAUCAUAUUUGUGAGUAUGGUAUAAGUGAACAAAUUUUUGGUUCUGAUAUAAUACUUGUUUAUUUUAUUAGUUUCGAACUACUUGUUGGAAGUCUACGCCACCUGUAUUCUGUUAAGCGUAAAUGGCUCUGCGUUUCUUCGUAGUUUGUCAAUAACGGAUAACCAUGCAGUUGUUUUACUGGAAAUGGAAGAUUCUGAAGAACAUGACUACAAUCAACGUUUGAUAAAAGGCAUUGAUCUGGGUUGUGAUUCUUUUGUAAUGGAUGGAAAAACCGCAGUAACUUUUUUGAGUACGUUCAUUACAAGUCACGAUAAGGCCACAUACAAGAAUCCCAUCAAACCGGUUAUCAUCGUACAAGAUCCGUUCGUGGUGGAUGAUCGGGAUAACUUGGACAUCAUUCGUAAACAUCCGGUGCUGUUAACGGAAAUACCUCUAGUUCUAAUACUAGAAAUCGGAACGGAUCAAAUUUCACUAUUGACUCAUCGUUUUGUGUCAUCUACAGAAGAAGCAGAAGAUUUGAUCCUGCUGGACACCUUCUCAAUGAACAACGAAUCAUUUUCACUUGAAGAAAACCUAUUUCCGGACAAAACGAGGAACUUGAAUCGCAAAAUGUAUCGAUUGGCAAGCUUUCGAAUAAUCCCUCAUUUCGUGUAUACUCCAAUUUCCGGCGAUCAAUGGAUGGCCAAAUACAAGAAUCAAACGGUUAAGAUCAAUGGAAUGGGUGGUUUAAUAAUGGUGGAAUUUUGUCGCAAACAUAAUUGCACCUGGGAUAUUGCUAUUGAUCAAGAGGGACAAUGGGGUAUGAUUUUCGAAAAUGGAACCGGGGAUGGUAUCAUCGGUACAGUCUACGAACGCCGAGCAGACGUUGGAGUGGGUUCGCUUCUACUUUGGGAAAACGCUCACUGGCACUUGGGAUUCUCGUCUCCUAUUCGUAAAGUGGGGAUAUCAUGUAUUGCUCCACGACCCCAUAUGAUUCCUUCGUGGCAAAUUAUUGGCUUUGUUUUCGCAGUAGACGUUUGGAUUUUUGUUGCAGUUUGCAUUAUCUGUUGCUCAGCCAUGUACCUUUUCAUUUCACAUGUCGAUCCUGGUUGUGAAGUAAAAGGUGUAGCUUGGAAUGCAUUGAACGUUUGGGCCAUAGUCUUGUUCCAAGCAGCGGAAAUUCUACACAACUCGGUUUCACAAAGUGUACUCUCAAUUGCCCUACUGAUAUUUGCCAUCAAUUUAGGAAACAUUUUUGCUGGAAAGAAUGCAAGCUUGAGAACAUUUCCGCCGUUCGAACCUCCGAUUGAUACUUUGCAGGAUUUGGCCGAAAGGGAUAUAAUCUGGAUUCAAACCCACGAGGCAUGGGUUCAUUCCUUACAGAAUCCAUUCAAUGCUUAUCUGCGAAAAAUAAAAGAUAAUUUCAGAAUUCAUCUUAUGCCGGAAAUAAAGGACAUAGCCGACGAAGGACGCGUUGCUAUCGGUGUCAGCAGGCUAAAUUAUGGAUAUAACAUGAUAGGAGAUUUCAUAACCGACGAAAAUGUCGUUUUGUACCGGUUGAUGAAGGAGGAUCUGUAUCAUGACUACGAAGUGUCCAUGACCACUAAGACAUGGCCCCUGCGGGAACAAUUGUCGGAUUUGAUUCUUCGUAUUGUGGAAUCCGGUGUUCGUUCUUAUCAGGAACCCAUAGUGGCGCAACAAAUCAUGAAUUUCGGUGUGCAAACUACGAUUUUACAUUCACGAGACAGAGAGCAGAUUCCGCCAACUCCAAUGAAUUGUAACGAUAUGUUAGGCUCCUUCAUGCUUCUUGGUGCCGGAAUAGUGAGUGCGAUAUUAGUGUUUAUUGGCGAAUUGCUAAUGGAAUAUUACAAAAAACGCAAGCUCUCAGGUGGGGCAAAUGUGUUCAAAAUUUCAAGUUUAAAAUAAGUUUAACUACUGGAGAACAUCUGGAUAUGGAAACUGGGAAUAAAUAUCACAAUAAUUUUU